GAGAGAAGUUUGGUUGGCCACACCGAGCAGAAGCCCGUGAUGUUGAAGAGUUGAUCGCUCACCGGGGAACGGGGACACUGUAACCGUGCGGUGGUGUUGGACAUGUCAGCCAGGUCGGACAGAGACAUCGGCGGCUGCGGGCCCCGGAGAAAGAGCGCUACAGACGGCCAGCAGCACCGCGAGGCGGCAGAGAAAUCAAACCGACACAGCAGAAUAGUGCCUGGUUUCUCCAGAGAUGCUGCAAGUCUGAAGGGAACUGUGUCAACAUGUGAGGAAAACUUCCCAACAGCUCUGCCAGUGCUGCUGGAUGUGGUCCGGGGUCCGGAGCGGCAUCCUGCCGACGAGCAGUCGCAGGAAAUGCUGCGAGGGAAACUGCGCAUUCUGCAGGCUGACAGCACCGAGGUCAACGCUCUGUUCACGGAGCUGUCUACUCAUCUCAUCUCCAUCAACAGUGAAGAAAAAGUCAUUUUUGUGACAUUUAAAACAUUUGAAGAAAUAUGGAAGUUCACCACAUAUUACACAUUAGGUUUCCUGGGUCGCUGUAUGGAGAAUCUGUUGUUAGACCAGAAGUUUUGUCUCACUUCUUUGGAGGAGGACAUCGCAAUUGAGGUUUCCAUUCAGGACGACACUCUUAACCUGAUGUACAAGGGCAUCCUCAUGCAGGAAGGCUCAUUGUUUGCUAGUUGCAGUACCAAUCAGAUGUUUGACAGCUCUACCUCCGGAGGGGACCUGUACCUAGAGCAAGGAGACAUAGCCCAUUUUGAGCCUCCGUUUCUGGGCUCAGGAUGGACCGUCCUCUGCCUGACCGAUGGAGCCCGAGGCACUGCACCCAAACCAGCUCUGGAGCCGGUCAUCCCUUUUCAUCAAUGGUUUCUCAAAUCCUGUGCAGAGAGCAUUUUAGUUGGUAAUGGGAAACCUGCCUGUGACUUCACCCUGCAGUUUGCCAGAGGGACCUGUCUGGCGACAGUGGAGUAUGAUGCUGAGGGCCCAGAUGAGCUGAGCGUGGCACCUGGUGAUCGCAUCAUCAUCGCGGGACUUCUGGGGUCUUGUUUUGAUUGGUUCUUAGGGCGGAAGGAGGCGACAGGAGAAGUGGGUCUGGUCAAGACGAGCCUGGUGAAACCAUCGGCCGACACUUACGACUCAGCAGAUAUUUUUUUGGACGGAGAGGAAGGGACAUUCUUCAGUCUGCAAGAGGACAAAGUCAUAGAGGAAAUGAUUGCCUCAUUGAAGAAGAAAUCUCAAAAUGAUACCGGUCAGAAAUACAAACUAGAUAUGAUCAGCUACCAAGACUCUGACAAAAAAGCAUCAUCAAGCAAAGUUGAUACUCAGCAAGCUGACCUGAAGAGAAAUAUUCAGAGGAUUCUUGAUCAAGGAAAGGACUCUUCAUCAGAUUCCGUAGUGACCGUGAAUGGGACUCUAGAGGACUCGGUCUGGCCUACAGAAGCAGAAAACCCAAGCCCUCCCUGUUUCACUGUUCAGCCAGUUGUAGAAGGAAACAACAACACUGAGAACUUCAUUCCCCUCUUGUCUUUUUUGGAAGGACAAGACUACAAAAUAGAGUUCGGCAUCAUGUAUGGACUGAGUUCUGAACUCCUCGCCUCCUCCAUAUUUACCGGUCACUCCGAUAAGGAUGAGGUGAUUGCCUUCCUGGGAGUUGCUAGGGAAACAGCCAGGAAGAAGCGACUCCUUUGGUCGCAGACUCGUUUGUGCUUCCUGCUGGGUAAACUCUGUGCUGGGAGGUUAAAGUUCAGCCAGGCUCGGGUUUACUUUGAGGAAGCCCUCAGUGUGCCACAAGAAGGCUUCACGGACCUUAGACUGUUGGCCAGCAUCUACUCCAACCUAGUUGCCAUAUAUCUUUUGCUGAAAAAUACAGAAAGUUUCUUUGCUCUGACAGAGCGACUUGUUGCCUUGCUACUGGGAAUCCCAUACUGCCUGGGGUGCCUAGAGGACAACUCUGCUCUUAAAUACAUCCUCAAGAAAGCUGUUCUCUCUCACAACAAAAUGGCAGAGGCCUGGGCUUGUCACCAAUUGGCGAAGCACCACUGGACUCGUGCUGAAGGUGUACGAGUGGUUCCUUAUCUUGAGAGACUACUUGUUCUUUGUGCCGAAGCUCAAAGAACAUGGGGCAUCUCUCCCAGUCAUGAGUACCUCGCCCUGGGAAGGCUAUACAGCGAACUCCAACUUCCCCAUCUCAGUGUCAGUUCAGCCAGGAGAGCUUCUAUGCAGCCCUCUGCUACACUGACUGACUGCCUUAGCAGCAUGGGUAUAGUUCUGGACAAUGUCAACAGACUGUUUGGGAUCACAGAACAGGAAGCCUCCAUCCCACCUCAAGUGGCUCCAUAUUUAUACCAAGCGCUCUUUUCUAACGAAGUCCAAGGUGGAGGAAGUGAUCGAUACCAUGUUUUGAGCCAUCGACUCACUGUUUGUCUCUGCCAACUCUUUUGCAAGCACAGGAUGGUUGGACACGCCAUCUGCCAUAUGCAUACUCUCAUCAACAACAUUCCAACCUCACAGCGACUCCGCAUCUCUGUCCCAGAAAGAAACAGUGCCCUCAUCUGGCUGGCAUGGCUUCACAUUGACAAUAAUCAGCCACAUGUUGCAUUGGAUAUCCUGGACUCUGUCCUAGCUUCCAUGCCAGAACACUGCACUACGCCUCAGGAAGGUGUGGUCCUCAACAUGCGUGGCGUGGCACUUCGGUGCAUGGGCGACCUCCGGAGGGCAGCAGAGAGUUACCAGGCUGCUGUGGACAUUUGCCAAGAGUAUGAGGACAUGCCAAACUGGGCUGUAGCUCAGGCUAACCUUGGGCUGUUAUGUCUGAAGGCCGGAGCCAAAGGACUGGCGCAGAGACACCUGACUGAGGCCGUGCAGCUCUUCUCUGAGCUGAAUGAAAAAGGUCACGAGGCAAACUUCAUCCCAGUGCUGCUGGAGCUGGGGCAGCACUAUGUGAAGCAACAGCAGCUGGACUUUGGCAAAGGAUGCUACGAAUGGGCUCUGCUGCUCGCUAUCAGUGCCGACCUGUUAGACUGCCAACUGACUGCAACCAAACAGCUGAGCCGUCUCUAUGGGUGUGAGAGUCCAGAGCAGGCCCAGUGUAUCAUCUACAGCCAGCACCAGGUCCAGCUGCUGAGACACACAGGAGACAGAGGACAGGAGGGAGACGCACUGGUAGCCAUCAGCCAGCUCUACCUCACCCUGGUCACAGAGAGGGCGUACAGGGCCGCUCUCGACUUCACCAAGACCAGUUUGGGUAUUUUCAUCGACCUGGGCUGCAGGGAGAAGGAGGCAUGGGGCUGGCUGCAAGCUGGGAAGAUCUACCACCUGCUGGACCAGACGGAACUGGUGGACCUUUACAUUCAGGCAGCUCAGGAUGUUGCUCUGAGUACAGGAGACACCAAGUUCAUCCUGAAGCUUCUGGAAGCUGCAGGCGACAUUUUCUUCAACAGCAACCACGACAGGGACAAAGCUAUCACCUUCUACAGGGAUCGUGCUCUGCCCAUCGCUGUGAAGAGCAGCAGUGUGCGUUCCAGGCUGAGGUUGUGUAAUAAGUUGACUGAUCUGAUGCUCAGUCUCAAGCUGUAUGGGGAAGCUGUGGAGUUUGCUCAGACUGCGCUGGACAUCAGUAUCACUCUGGGUGAGCGUCUGAAUGAGCGAGUGGCUUACCAUCGACUGGGCUCUCUGUACCACAGUCUGGACCAGUAUGAACUGGCUGAACAUCAUUACCUGAAAACCUUGACCCUCUGUCCAACAACUCUGCAGUUUGAUGAGGAAACACUGUACUAUGUUCGGGUGUACCAGACGCUGGGGGACAUCAUAUUCAAUGACCUGAAGGACCCAUUUGACGCUGCAGGCUACUACCACCUGGCUCUGGCUGCAGCCAUGGAUCUGGGCAACAAGAGGUCUCAGCUGCAGCUGUGCACCCGCCUCGCCACCAUCUACCACAACUUCCUAAUAGACCGGGAGCUCUCUCUCUUCUUUUACCAGAAGGCUAGAGCAUUUGCUGCAGAGCUGAACGUGAGGAGGAUUAAUAUCUCACCGGAUCAGCAGUGUAGCAGCACCGCACAGUACAAGACCACCGGACAAUAGGAAAGGCACUUUGGGAAGUCAAGUCUUUGUUUUACAAAGAAAUUAAACUUUUGCAAAGUAAAACAAAAACUUCAGCAGAUGAGUGAAUGAAAGUUUUUUUGGUACUGAAGUUUCCUGAGAAGCCUUAUGAAUAUUCUGCAUUAAGACUGCGGCAACAGAUUUACAGUGACGGUUCUAGAGGAGGGCAAGGGGGGCAGAGCCCCAGUAGUAUUAAGCCUGUUAAGCUUUUGGACACUAACUGUGGCAAAUUCGAUCUCGGCCAACAUUGCUCUUUAAAAGGCUCUUUUUUAAAGCUUGUGAAGAUAGUGGUAUCAUAUGAAACUAGAUUAUCCAUGGAAUCCUUGGUACCAACCAUGACAUGUUAGUUUGUCGAAGAGGGGGCUAAAUAAUGCCCUAAAGUUUGGCGUUGGGGAGGGAAAAAUUGGCAUGGCCAUUUUCUAAGGGGUCCCUUGGCCUCUCAUCUCAAAAUAUCUGAAUCAAAAUGGGUUCUGUGGGUACCCACGAGUCGUCUAUUUACAGACAUGCCCACCUUAUGCUAAUCCCAUGCAGUUUGAGGCAAGAAACAUGAAAAAUUGUGUAUUUGUAAAUGUCUGCAUACUGGGGCCACCAUUUUUCUUAAUUAAUUCUUGAAUGGUCAAAAGUGGUUACAUUUUGCACUAAAUCUGUGUAACAUUUUGCACUAAAUCUGUGUGACAUUUUGCACUAAAUCUGUGUAACAUUUUGCACCAAAUCUGUGUAACAUUUUGCACCAAAUCUAUGUAACAAAUUGUAUCAACCCCAAAAUGCUGCAACAACUCAUGAGACAUAAUAGAGCGUUUAAAUGGGCAUCAUAUACUUUUAUCAUCAUGUUUAAAGCCCUUAUACACUCAAUCAAAAAUACAAUGUUCAUUACAGAUUUAUGACUAGAAAAACUUGCUAAGCUGCAUCUAAAAUGAAUCUUCAGGUUCCCAGCUUUCAGAUGAUGUAAUCACUUCUAUGUGGCAUACUGUAUAGGCUACUGUUGACCUGCUAUCUUCCUUAAAGGAUCUCCUUUCCUCCCCUAAAAAAGACAAAAUGGGUCUCUAAGGGAUAAUAUAUUUGGUAUACAAAUUGCAUGUAGCCCCGGCUACACACAUUGACGCACACACAUCUAAAAGUAAUUUAAGACUUUGUUUCGCCAAGGCAGAAGAGUAAAAAAAGUAUGAUUGAUAUGUGUAUCUUUCAGAAAUGUUGCAUUUAUAAUUUACCAGGAGCUGAUUAAUUAACAGUGUGUGGAGUUUUUUUGUUAUGAUAUAUUUUGUAGCUGCAGCGAUGGAAUUAGAGUGUAAAAGCAACAACCCUAUCAGAAAUCAAAUCAACAGGACUUUGACACUGUUGCCAAUAAAGAACAAUACGAGUAUUUCCCCAGUUGUCUGUAGUAGUCCUUCUCUGUCUCAGCAUGUACCAGUGGCAAGAAAAAGUAUGUGAACCUUUUGGAAUUUCAUUGU